UGGCAAUAGUGCAUCUCGUAAAAAUAAUGCAACCGAUUUUUCGAGCCCAGAGGGCAAAGGACGACAGAGAAUAAUAUUAAAAAUAUUUAGAAACUUUUUUCGUUGACUGUUUUGGGUGCCAUUUUGUAUUUUGAGGUCUUUCAGUUAGUCGAUUUAGUUAUUAACUAUUUUCUUUAAUAUGCCUCAGCCGAAAUGGUACGGAAAAUCUCUUUCGGCAUUGUGCAUGGAAAAUAUCGUCGAUAACAUGGAGAAAUGGACGGCAUUGCGUAGCUCGGAGGAUGUUUCCUGUCAUUUUUUUCAUCUGCCUUCACAUUGUCUGGAGUACAUGACUAAAUGUCUCUUGAAAGACUAUUACUGGAUAACACAGGACAUGUUUGAUUUACUUUUGAGCCCACACAUGAAAGUUCUGGAUUUAUCACAAUUUUAUCUGGGCACUGGACGUGUUGCCAACAGAAAUCUUUGCAUCUUUCGUCUGGCAUCUGACAGAUGUUUGCAACUCACUACACUGAAGAUUCAUGAUGGCUGGGGUUUUUUUUUCGAUGGAAAUAGAAAUUUUGAAGUAGAAGAGGCUUUUGCUUCUAUUUUGCAGCGUUUUGAACACUUGCAAAUUCUUGAUUUAUCUUCCACAAUUUAUGGUGCAUGUUGCAUGCUCAAACUUGGAUCAACUUGUAAACCAAAAAUAAAGGAGUUGCUAGUUGAUUGCUGCCCUGGUGUAACUGAUUCUGUAGUUGAAGUUUGUUGUAACGGUCAAAGUUCCCUUCAGAAAUUAUCAGUUAGGAGAACGGAAGUGACUCAUUCCGGAAUUCGAUUUGCUAUCGAACAUUUACCAGAAUUGAAAGAAUUAAUUUGCGACAAUGAGUCUGAUAUCCUCAAAGCUUUUCGUAGAAUUCGUACAGAAACAAGAGAAUCAAACAAAUAUUCUUUGUACCACUGGUUUUGUACUCAGCCUCAGCCUUAUAAGAAAGGCAGCGUUUCAUUGAUGGUUGACAUGUGUCCGUCGAUCGUCUAUCUUUCCUUGAGUGUUAACGACGAAGGAUUUACGGAUGAGGAGUUAUUAGGUUUUCGAGAACUUAAACAACUAAAACUUUUCAGAAUUGGGAAAUCCUUCAUGCCGUUAGUCUCUAUUCGUGGCGGAGUAAUUCCUCUUCUACAAGCUCGUGGCCUUACACUUGAAUCAUUAUAUUUAUCGAUGGGAGUAACGAGUGAAGAAGUCUACCUCAUCGUCGAGAGCUGCCCGAAAAUUCGCCAUUUGCAACUUGUUAUAAAAAGUACCGAUCUGGAAACUCCCGAACCUGUUGAUGACCGCGUCCACUCUUCUCUUUGUUCCCCAAAGGAAGUAAUUCCGUUAAGGAUGCUGGAAGAAAUCUCUCUGUCUUCUCUGGCUUCUUAUUUUCCUCCAUUCGCUAUUUCACGCAAAUUGUUGCUAUUGUUUUUGUCUUCCCCUACUCUUACAGAGAUUUCCAUAAAAAAUUGUUCUACUCUUGAUGACCAGAUAAUUAAGGAAGCUUGCGCUAGAAAUAGUUUCAAGUAUUUGACCAAGUUAUGGUUGUUCGGUUGUUCUAAUGUGAGUCAGAAAGGAAUCGAUUUCUUUCUGAACGAAACGAAUCCUUUAGACGACAUUUGGAUACACAACUGUGGAAAUGUGAACUUUGAUCGUUUGGAAAUGAUGAUAGAAGAGAAGCACUGGAAUUUGGGGAUCUGUAGUUCGUCACCAUCAUCGUCUGAUUAGUAUUUACAUCGACUUACAUUGCGGAAUGAAACAGCCAACAGACGGGUGCUCUCGACGUAUUGUGCCACGCUCCUUUAUUUGCCAGUUUCCUUUCGGGUCUUUUGGUGUAAUAUUUUUUUUCUUGUAAGGGUGAAUAAAGUUAAGUUAGACUAGUAAGUAGUAACUAAUUUUGUAUUCUGAAUGAUUUCGGCCUUCUAUUAAUUUCACUGUUUUGAAAAAUUUUGAAACGUGUGACGAUUUCAUGUCAAAUGCUCCUAUUGACAACAGAUUUCGAAUGCCCCAAAAACCUUUGCUUAAUAAAUUUGUCAGAGUUUUACAAAUUAACCUUGCCUCCAUUAUCUUUUGAAGUGAAUAGUUUGAUAACUUCUGAUUCAUUUGGAAUCCUACCAUUGUUGGAAUUAAAACCAUUGAAUGCCA